AUGGCUGAGUCAGUGAAGAAACUUCGUCGUAAAAAUACAUUCCGAAGCCACCAUCACUGGAUUAGAAUGACCGGAAAAGUACACGAGGUCAACGGACAUGAAUUCGUGGCGGUACUACUACGACAGCCAACAUUGUGCGCUCACUGCAAGAAGUUCAUUUUUGGUAUGGGUAAGCAAGGGUACCAAUGUCGAGACUGCUCAACGGUUGUACACAAGCACUGCCAUGAGGAGGUGAUAUGGAAGUGUACACGCAUUAAAGCCGACGUUCCAUCUGAGACGGAAACGCAAAGCACGGGUCGAUUUAACAUCAACAUGCCGCAUCGGUUCGUAUCUCACUUUUACAAAUGCCCGACAUUCUGCGAUCACUGCGGCUCCCUACUCCAUGGUCUAACUCAACAGGGACUUCACUGCUCAAGCUGCAAAUUGAACAUCCAUAAACGAUGCCAACAAAAUGUCGCCAAUAAUUGUGGUAUCGACGCCAAACAACUGGCAGCUGUGUUAGGACAGUUGGGACUCACUGGGAACAGGAAUACUCCGUGUAGUAAGACAAACGACUACGUCAGGCGAAGAAAGAAGGACAAGGGCGAACACGAUUUCCAAUCCUUUCGAACGCGUGAACUCCUUAACACUGCAGAUCGACAGUAUAAUAAAUAA